AUGGCGGCCGCUGCAGCUCGCCAGUCGGUGGUUAUGCCACCUGCUCCCAACAAGGAGGAUAUUGGAGCAACAUGGGACUAUCUCCAGGCUGGUAUCUCCAAGAUCAUGAUUAACUUACAAGAUGGCAUGGACUUGGCUACGUACAUGGGCAUAUACACUGCUGUGCACAACUUUUGUACUUCUCAGAAGGCCGUCGGGAUGAGCACAUCCGGCGGUAGUCAAGCUCACAGGGGAGGUAAUACGCGCCCUGUAAUAUCUGAUGGCUUUGCACACUUGCUCGGCGAAGAUCUUUACAAGAAGUUGAUGGAGUAUCUUAACAACCACCUCGCAGAACUGCUCGAGCAGUCGAUAGCACAUACCGACGAAGCACUGCUGGCCUUCUACAUCAAGGAAUGGGACCGGUACACCACCGCUGCCAAGUACAUCCAUCAUCUCUUCAGAUACCUGAACCGCCACUGGGUCAAGCGCGAAAUGGACGAGGGCAAAAAGGACACGUACGACGUCUACACCCUACAUUUAAUGCAAUGGCGUACUCAGCUGUUUGAGAAGGUAUCCAAGAAGGUCAUGGAUGCUGUCUUGAAGCUGGUCACGAAGCAGAGAAACGGCGAGACCAUCGAGCAUGGCCAGAUCAAGUCUAUUGUUGAUUCCUUUGUGUCGCUGGGCCUUGACGAACACGAUGCCACCAAGUCGACCCUUGACGUCUACAGAUUUCACUUUGAGAAGCCCUUCAUCGAUGCGACUAAACAAUUCUACCAAGCCGAGUCAAAACAGUUCAUCGCCGAAAACAGCGUGGUUGAGUACAUGAAGAAGGCCGAGACUCGCUUGAACGAGGAAGAGGAGCGUGUUCGUAUGUAUCUGCACUCCGACAUUACCAGCAAACUGCGGGCGACCUGUAACGAGGCGCUCAUUGAAGAGCACCAGACCAUUCUCAGAGACGAGUUUCAGAUCUUGCUGGACAACGAUCGGGAAGACGAUAUGGCGCGUAUGUUCAACCUGCUGAACAGGAUAGCCGGAGGUUUGGAGCCACUGAGACAAAAGUUCGAGACUCACGUGCGAAAUGCUGGUCUCGCCGCUGUCGCCAAGGUGGCCUCUGACGCCGACAAGCUCGAGCCAAAGGUCUAUGUCGAUGCGCUGCUGAGCGUCCACACACAAUACCAAGGCUUGGUCAAGCGCGCUUUCAAUGACGAACCCGAAUUCACUAGAUCAUUGGACAACGCCUGCAGGGAAUUCGUCAACCGCAAUGACAUUUGCAAGGCUGGCUCAAACAAGUCUCCAGAGCUGCUCGCCAAGUACACCGACACACUGCUGAAGAAGAGCGCAACCGGAAUCGAGGAGGCAGAGCUCGACGCCACCUUGACGCAGAUCAUGACUGUCUUCAAAUAUAUUGAGGAUAAGGACGUAUUCCAGAAGUUCUACUCGCGGAUGCUGGCACGACGUCUGGUACACAGCAACUCAUCUUCCGAUGAUGCCGAGACGAGUAUGAUCAGCAAGCUCAAGGAGGCCUGUGGUUUCGAGUACACCAAUAAGCUCCAGCGCAUGUUCCAGGACAUGCAGAUCUCUAAGGAUCUGAACAAUGGCUACAAGGAACACGUCAAGAAGGACGAGAGCGUAUCAAAGCCACUUGACUCGACUUAUUCCAUACUAGGAACGAGCUUCUGGCCCCUGACACCGCCUAACACACAGUUUAACCCACCAGCUGAGAUCCAAGCUGACCUUGACCGUUUCGGCGCAUACUACAAGCAGAAGCAUGAUGGACGUAAAUUGACGUGGUUGUGGCAACUCUGCAAGGGCGAGGUCCGCACGGGCUACUGCAAAAGCUCAAAAACACCUUUCACAUUCCAAGUCAGUGUUUAUCAAAUGGCUAUCUUACUCAUGUUCAACGAAAAGGACGAGCACUCGUAUGAGGACAUCGCUUCCAUCACUGCUUUAACCCCGGAGGCGCUGGAUGGUGCACUCGGCAUCUUGUGCAAGGCCAAAGUUCUUAACCAGAAGCCCGCUGGUUCUAAGCCUGGUCCUGACCACACCUUCUAUCUUAAUUAUGAUUUCAAGAGCAAGAAGAUUCGUGUGAAUCUCAACGUCGGUACGAAGACGGAGCAAAAGCAAGAAGAGGCCGAGACGAACAAGACAAUCGAGGAAGACCGCAAGCUCGUCUUACAGUCCGCUAUUGUUCGUAUCAUGAAGGCUCGCAAGCAGAUGAAGCACAACCAGCUGGUCAGCGAGACGAUCAACCAAAUCAAGUCCAGAUUCGUCCCCAAGGUAGCAGAUAUCAAGAAAUGCAUUGAGAUUCUGCUUGACAAGGAAUACCUUGAACGUCUGGAGGGCGAUGAUCUAGGUUAUCUUGCAUAA